AUGGCGGACGCCGACAAGCCCGAGGUACCCGGGGCUACUGGCAAAGACAGCCCGCAUCAGCAGUCCGCGGAGCCGCCGGGCGAGUCGCGGCGAGAACCGCACCCCCCGGAGGCGGAGAAGCAGCAGCCGCAGCCGCUCGGCAGCAGCUCCAAUGGCGUUAAAAUGGAGAAUGAUGAAUCAGUGAAAGAAGAGAAGUCUGACUUAAAAGAAAAAUCUACAGGAAAUAAGAAGGCCAAUAGAUUUCAUCCUUAUUCAAAAGACAAGAAUUCAGGCACUGGAGAAAAGAAGGGUCCAAAUCGUAACAGAGUUUUCAUUAGCAAUAUCCCAUAUGACAUGAAAUGGCAAGCUAUUAAAGAUCUAAUGAGAGAAAAAGUUGGUGAGGUUACAUACGUGGAGCUCUUUAAGGAUGCGGAAGGAAAAUCAAGGGGUUGUGGUGUGGUUGAAUUCAAAGAUGAAGAAUUUGUAAAGAAAGCACUAGAAACCAUGAACAAAUAUGAUCUUAGUGGAAGACCCCUAAAUAUUAAAGAGGAUCCUGAUGGAGAAAACGCUCGUAGGGCAUUGCAACGAACAGGAGGCUCAUUUCCAGGAGGACAUGUCCCUGAUAUGGGAUCGGGGUUGAUGAAUUUACCACCUUCCAUUCUCAAUAAUCCAAAUAUUCCUCCAGAGGUUAUCAGUAAUUUGCAGGCUGGUAGACUUGGUUCCACAAUUUUUGUUGCUAAUCUUGACUUCAAAGUUGGUUGGAAGAAGCUAAAAGAAGUGUUCAGCAUAGCUGGAACUGUAAAGCGGGCAGAUAUUAAAGAAGACAAAGAUGGCAAGAGCAGAGGAAUGGGCACUGUCACUUUCGAGCAAGCAAUUGAAGCAGUUCAAGCAAUUUCUAUGUUCAAUGGACAGUUUUUAUUUGAUAGACCUAUGCAUGUGAAAAUGGAUGACAAAUCUGUUCCUCAUGAAGAAUACCGUUCACAUGAUAGUAAAACACCACAGCUGCCACGCGGUCUUGGAGGCAUUGGAAUGGGACUUGGUCCAGGUGGACAGCCUAUUAGUGCCAGCCAGUUGAAUAUAGGUGGUGUGAUGGGAAAUUUAGGUCCAAGUGGUAUGGGAAUGGAUGGUCCAGGUUUUGGAGGAAUGAAUAGAAUCGGAGGAGGAAUUGGGUUUGGUGGUCUGGAGGCAAUGAAUAGCAUGGGUGGAUUUGGAGGAGUUGGCCGAAUGGGAGAGCUAUACCGUGGCGCAAUGACUAGUAGCAUGGAGCGAGAGUUUGGACGUGGUGAUAUUGGAAUAAAUCGAGGCUUUGGAGAUUCCUUUGGUAGACUUGGCAGUGCAAUGAUUGGAGGGUUUGCAGGAAGAAUAGGAGCUUCUAACAUGGGUCCAGUAGGAUCUGGAAUAAGUGGUGGAAUGGGUGGCAUGAACAGUGUGACUGGAGGCAUGGGGAUAGGACUGGACCGGAUGAGUUCCAGCUUUGAUAGAAUGGGACCGGGUAUAGGAGCUAUACUGGAAAGGAGCAUCGAUAUGGAUCGAGGAUUUUUAUCGGGUCCAAUGGGAAGCGGAAUGAGAGACAGAAUAGGCUCCAAAGGCAACCAGAUAUUUGUCAGAAAUCUGCCUUUUGACUUGACUUGGCAGAAACUAAAAGAGAAAUUCAGUCAGUGUGGUCAUGUAAUGUUUGCAGAAAUAAAAAUGGAGAAUGGAAAGUCAAAAGGCUGUGGAACGGUCAGAUUUGACUCCCCAGAAUCAGCUGAAAAAGCUUGCAGAAUAAUGAAUGGCAUAAAAAUCAGUGGCAGAGAAAUUGAUGUUCGCUUGGAUCGUAAUGCAUAAUUUCAAACCAUGGUUGGAACAUUCCUCCAUCUGUUUUGCUGAAUCUCCUAGUAGAAGUCAUUUUUUAAGUAAUACUGUAUGCUUACAAAAGCUGUAAAAAUGUACUUUUAAAACUCCCACCAGCUUUUAACAGUAUAAUGUUAAAAAUAUACUGUGAUUUUUUGUUAAUCUCAAGUUUGGGUUUUUAAAGACAGCAAGUCUGGUCAUUCAGUUUAAAUGAAUGGUUAUACUGUUUUUAAUGAGAUAAGCCAUUUU